CGUCCUUCCGAAGUCUCAGCAUGUUUGACUCGGAUUCUUUCGUUUUCUUUCUUUAUCAGAUAGCUGACCUUAUGAAUGUCAGCACCGCAUAAAUGUUCCUUUUGGCAAUAAGUCUCGAGUUCAGCAGACUGUCUUGCUUGUCCUUGAUUUCGUUAACCGGGCGCCAACAGAAGAGGUCAUGUGAAAGCACGGCACGGAUGAUCAGUCGACUGUCAGGGACGUCGGAAUCAUCUCUUUACAAUGUAUCUCUACAUCGCUCUCUUUGAUAUCGGGAUGACAGGCGCCUACCAUUGGGCCCUCGUUCCAACUAGUGAUAAGAGGUUCACCCGUUCGCUGAAGACGUAUCAGAUCGACAACCCUAAUGGGGAUUCAUUCUGGGAGCUAGCGCAUACCGUCGAACCGAACCUAGCUAACACGGACAGGUUCAACUGCUGUAUCCGUCUCCCCUCCAUAGAUCUCCCAAUUUCCGACAUGCAUGCGUUCAUGGAAGAACAAAAUGCAGAGCAGGGAGAUACGCCACUGUUAUCGACACAUCUUCAACGCGGUUGGACGUGCGCGCAAUGGUGUAUUCGAAUACUAUCCGAGCUUGUGGAGACGGGGUUCUUAAAUAUACCGUUGGAUACGGACGAAUUACAGAGUCGAUUCUACCAGAGAGUGCUCGCCCUAGGAAUGUUAGGAGAAAGUCCUGAUUGGCCUGGAGAAACCGUUGACGGAAUACGAGUAAUUGAUUACGAUUAUACUAUGAAACGAGCAAUGAUUCGACGCAAUGGAAAUUCUAAAUGAGGCACGUCAGGUUCGAGAUACAUUCACUAAAAGAUUCAGUCGGGAGCAAUUCAUGACUAAAGGUUACAUUGGAAGACUAAG